GGAAUUGAAUGGUAGCGGAUAUUGGCGAGGCCUUCAACGAAGAACCUCAGAAUUGGUAAACCCCAAGCAAACUACUAUUCCUCAGUUCCACAUCGAAAGUCGGUUGUGGAGGUUUCCUGGGUCGUGGCGCGCUAGAUUUUUUGAAUUUUACGAUUCUCGUCGCGCCACUUUUUCCCUGGCCGAUUCGUGGGGAAAGUUUGUUUUUCCAUCGGUUGAACGUGUGCUGUGUAUGUGUGCCUGAUGAUUUGAUAAUCUAACAAGACCGGCAGUAAAUAGCGCAAGUGCAUGUGCAGAAAAAUCACCGAAAAUUAGUGGAUUUUUUUUUCUCUCCGAAGAAUUACUAACUUUGGAGGAAAAAAUAGUGAGAGUUGGUUAACAUACGCUUGAAGUGAGGAUCACAGAGCAGAAAUUGCAUAGUUGGAAAAUCAAAAGGAGGAUUUAACUAACCUUCAUCAGAAAACGAAAGGGAUAUCAUUUCCGGAAGAAAACUUAGACACAUUUAACGAUGAAGUGGAAAUCGAGGUUCUUUGUUUUGGUGGUGAUAAGUCUAUGGUCCUUAAGUGACACAUUGCCGAAUGGUGCUCCGGAAGAUGUUUGUGACUCUAUGGUCCCAUUCCACGGCGGAGGCAGUAUUUUGCCAAUGACUACGCCGCCACCAUUUCAAAUAGAAUCAGCUCCCAGUGUAGGAUUAGGUCAUACUCUCAAAGUAUUCGUUGCAUCUUAUCCUAGAGAAUUAACCUUUGCUGGAUUUAUGAUACAGGCACGAAACCGGGAUCCUCCCUAUCAAGUGCUUGGACAAUUCAACCCCGUUCCUGAAGGUUUGACAAAAGUUAUUAACUGUUUUGGCCAACAAACCACUGCCACACAUGCCAAUACAAAGCCAAAACAAGACUUCUACUUAGAAUGGCAAGCUCCUCUUGAUUUCCAGGGGCAAAUCGUGUUCAAUGCCACAAUUGCUCAGACUUAUGAUCAAUUCUGGGUCGGAAUUAUCUCUGAACCCGUCGAUGUACUCAUCAACCAUACUUCUGUUUUUGCAAGCUCAACAACAAGACCUCCACUAACCAGUACAACUCCUGUAUAUGUUCCUGAAAUGUCAUCCAAGCCAUUACAAAGUGAUCCCAUCUAUGAAGGUUGCGGAUCUGUGAAAACAUGCUUUGGAUUGCCAGACAAUUGUGUUAAUGAUCAAUCUUGUCGGAUUAUCACUGCUGUUACUGUGAAAGGUGACCGAUUCGAAUUUGAAGUACAAUCUGGAUUCGGUCAGCCUGGAUACGUUGCCGUAGGUCUCUCAACCGACAAUAAAAUGGGUGACGACAGCAUUAUAGAAUGUGUCCCACAAGGUGGCAAGGUUAACGCAUUCACAUCAUGGACAUCAGGCAAUCCAAAUUAUGGAGAUUCACGUGAGGGAAUUAAUCAAAAUAUUAUUCGCUUGUUAGCUUCAUCCCACAAAGAUGGGGUCAUUUAUUGUAAAGUUGAAAGAGAUCCUGUGACGGAAGUAAAAGGACGUACAUUUGAUUUAAUAAAGCAGCGUUAUCAUCUAUUAUUAGCUGCAGGAGCAGAAGUUAGAGAAAACGGGGUCGGUUAUCACACACUAGGACGCAUACCCUCCGCUCAACCUAUUAAUCUUUCCGUGGUACAAAAUUUGGCUGGAGCCUCAACUCUCCUCCUUCGACUGCAUGGAGCCUUCAUGGUCACGGCAUGGAUUGGAACGACAUCACUUGGAAUCCUUUUGGCUCGCUACUUCAAACAAACGUGGGUUGGAAGCCAAUUGUGUGGAAAGGAUCAAUGGUUUGCCUGGCAUAGAAUGUGCAUGGUAUUGACAUGGUCGCUCACAAUGGCCGCCUUUGUUAUUAUAUUCGUGGAAAUUGGCGGAUGGUCUUCAGCAAGGAAUCCUCAUGCAAUCCUUGGUGUAAUAACGACCGCAAUAUGCUUCUUCCAACCGAUUGGUGCUCUAUUCAGACCAGCACCGAACGCUAGGACUCGUCCGUACUUCAAUUGGGGCCAUUGGUUUGGAGGAAAUUUAGCCCACAUUUUAGCUAUCGUAACAAUAUUCUUUGCGGUGAAACUUACAAAAGCCGAACUGCCGGAGUGGUUCGACUGGAUCCUGGUCGCUUACGUUGCUUUCCACGUAUUCAUGCAUCUGGUAUUCUCUAUCUUUUUAUGGGCACAGAUUGCUGGAUGCGCUUCGGAUCGUCGGGCAACACAACGAAUUAAUUCGUUCCCAAUGUCCGACAUGUCGCCGGGACGGAAUAACAUGAAGAUGGAUAGGAAACAGGAUGCUCCGUUCGCCAAAUUAAGGAAAGCCCUGCUAGGCAUCUACAUUGUCAUUUUGGUGCUAUUCGUCGUAGCUUUAGUCGUUAUUGUUGUGCUAGCUCCAAUCGAGGACUCCGUGAAGAGCAUAAAGUCAAAAAUAAUGUCGAAUUAAUGUACAAAACAAGUUUAAAAUAAAAAACACAAAUUUACACAAAAAAAUAAAGCCCAAACCGCAAUAUCGAUUGAAUCGAACCAAACCAAUUAACACUUACGAGUCCUUGUACAGUAGAAAUCUAACGACCCCGAUGUAACCCUGUUUUGUUUAAUUUUUAUUAUUUUAUUUUUACAUUUAUUAUAAUUAUGUUACGAUUCCAUAUACACACUUACGCUGUUUAUACCGUUUUAUAUACAUUUUAUAGUAAUUCCUCUGAAAGUAUUGUUGCUUAGUGCGAUUAAGUGAUAGUAGUCAAAGUUCUAUCAUUUCAUGUAAUGCCAUAAAGUCCACAAAAAACGUUUAUAGGUUGUGUAAAACGAUAAUGUGAAAUGAUUGAUGGGGGUAGGGGUAGGCCGAGGCUGCAUAUACAUAUAUGUAGCUGAAUUAUAGACACAGAUAAUUCAGCUUCGAUGUUUGACAGGAAGUUGUAUUUUAGGAAUGGGGGAGUAUCCGUUCGAUGGCGCAAUCCUUCUAUCUUUUCUUACUUUAAAAAUAUCUGAAUUUCGUUUUAUUGAAUUUAACGCCAAAUUUACUCUUUGUCACUUAUUUUAUCCAACCUAACAUACAAUUUCCCGGGUCUUAUUGCAUUUGUUACGAUAGAUUUAACGAUAUCAAUCUGUAUAUCCUUCCCCAUUUUAGAUAGAUGGAUUUUUAUCUGUUUUCUUUUACAUAUGAAUUUUUUAGAUUCCAAAAAUCUGUCAUAAUGUAUAGUUACCCAUCAAAGUUUAAGUUUAAAAUAGCCGUGUACAUUUUAAAAUUAACAUCUUAAUAUUAUGAAAGUGAAAUACAUUCUAAGAUGUAAGUAAUUUAUUAUUUUUUUCAUAUGAUUGAAAUGAAAUUGAAUAAAUUUGUUUUUAUCGAGGAAA